AUUGAAUACUUUUGUGCAAUCUAUAUCCCGCUCUCUUAUUCCCCCCCCCCCCUUGUUAUACAGAUUCUUAUAUCGGAUAUAUUUUAUCCUGCAUCUCUCAUAAACAAUUAUAUUGUCCUGGCUGUGCUUGUGGUGUGGUGACAACCCCCCUGGCUGGGGACGUCUGAUGACUAGACGGCUGACGUAGGACACACCACGUUCACGACGCCAUGCGCUCUCUUCGUUUUCGACGCGUCAGUCCGCUGCCGACUCUGUUAGGGGCCGUUUUUUUAAUAGGCAUCAUCGUUUUCCUCCUAUCUCCCUCCGCCCACGAUUCCGCAUCAUAUAACCUCCGAAAAGCAAGCGCUGCGUCGAACCCCCUCUCACCGCCCACCUCGCCCUUCCGCAAGUCGGCCGGCAGCAAGAAUGGAAAACGUAUCCCUCCGCCCGUCAUUCGUUACCAGCUCAACAAUGUCACGACGACGAGCACCCCGAUAGAGAACCGCGAGACUAUCCUCAUCCUCACCCCGCUGGCCCGCUUCUACCAGGGCUACUGGGACAACCUGCUCAAGCUGAGCUACCCACACGAGCUCAUCACCCUCGGAUUCAUCAUCCCAAAGAACCAUGAUGGCAACGCUGCCACGGCUGCGUUACAAGAACAGAUCACAAAGACGCAGACCGUCGGGCCAGAAUCGAAGCGCUUUGCAUCAAUCAUCAUUGAGCGCCAAGACUUCCCACCACCAUUGGCAUCGCAAGAUGAAUCUGAGCGGCACAAGAUGGAGAAUCAGAAGGUCCGCCGGGCAGCUAUGAGCAGGGCGAGAAACUCUCUCCUCUUCACCACCCUUGGCCCGUCCACCUCAUGGGUCCUCUGGCUGGAUGCAGAUAUCAUUGAGACACCACCAUCUCUGAUCCAAGACCUUGCGUUACACGACAAGCCGAUCAUCGUACCCAACUGCUUCCAGCGCUUCAUCAACCCCGACACCAAGAAGCUCGAUGAGCGCCCCUACGACUACAACUCUUGGCAAGACAGCGAAACUGCGCAGAAGCUUGCCGCACAAAUGGGCCCAGACGAUAUUCUACUUGAGGGGUACGCUGAGAUGCCAACAUACAGAACGUUGAUGGCCCGUCUAUACGAACAGGGGGGGGAUAUUAAGACGGAGAUGGAACUUGACGGAGUAGGAGGCACGGCGUUGUUAGUGAAGGCGGACGUGCAUAGAGAUGGUGCUAUGUUCCCGCCAUUCGCAUUUUACCACUUGAUUGAGACGGAGGGGUUUGCGAAGAUGGCCAGGCGAUUGGGCUGGUUGUCUUAUGGAUUGCCAAAUUAUAAGAUUUAUCACUACAACGAGUAAGGCAGUCGGGGACGCCUACGACCCUAUUGAUAGAGAAAAGAGAAGAAGGCGCUGAAGCCACGGGGUAAUUGCGUUGGAUUUUCUCCCCGCGUUUCUGUGUGCAUGACAUGGCAUCCUCUGGGAGGCAUACAUAUAUGGCUUACGGAGGCAGCCAACGAUGACGGAGCUUGCAUUUGUAUUGUACAUCAUAGACUGGGAUUGCAUCUCAGGGGCUGCAUGUGGGGGGUGGCACGCUCUACAUGUACAAAAAAUGAAUUGAAUUUACUGUUUAGAUUUUCCACGUGUCAAGAUCUACUAUUGCUAAUAUACAUGCAUUAUGGCGC